AUGCCAACCCAGGCUCUGCUGCCCAUCUUGCUUCUCUGUGUUCUCCUGCUGCAAGCCCAGGGAGGGCACCUUAGGAGGAACAAGAUGAAGAGUAUGCCACUGCCACCCAAAGAAAUCCAGAUCUGUGAGAAGAGAUUCAAGAUACAUUUGUGCAGAAGCACCUGUACAGAAGACAGAGACUGUCAAGCAAAUAACAUGUGCUGUUUAAGCUUCUGUGGGAGAAUUUGCAUGAACAUUCUCUGA